CCUCGCCCAUCCCGGAUUUUUUCCCUCCCCCGGGUUGGGAAUUUUCCCCCCGGGAUUUUUGGGGAUUUUUUGAGGAAUUUUUUGGGGGGAUUUUUUGGGAAUUCUGCCAUGACCAUCCACAACCUGUACAUCUUCGAGCGCGGCGGGCGCUGCCUCUUCUACAGCGAGUGGCACCGCAGGAGGAGCCCGGGGCUGGCCCAGGACCAGGAAUUCCAGCUGAUGUUCGGGAUGCUUUUCUCGCUCCGCUCCUUCGUGGCCAAGAUGAGCCCCACGGACAUGCGGGACGGGUUCGUGUCCUUCCACACCAGCAAGUACCGGCUGCACUACCUGGAGACGCCCUCGGGGCUGCGCCUGGUGCUCAACACCGACCUGGGCGUGGGCAGCGCCCGCGAGGCGCUGCAGCACAUCUACGGCAACGUGAGG